AUGUCGUCAGAUUUGACAAAUCCUGCUCCGGCUUGGCUCGACAAGGGCGAUCAAGCAUGGCAAUUGACUGCAGGGACACUGGUUGCACUGCAAUCCAUCCCCGGCCUCGCUAUUCUCUAUGCCGGGUUUGUGAAGAAAAAAUGGGCUAUCAAUUCCGCAUUCAUGGUCUUUUACGCUUUCUCAGCUACAUUAAUCUGCUGGGUAAUAUGGGCCUACAAAAUGGGCUUUGGCAAGCAAUGGGGGAAUUUCCCCCUCGUCGGCACCCCAGGCCCAGUCUUGACGAUGCAACAAAAUCUAGCUCAAACAGAAUUACCAGCUGCAGGUCUAUCAACCAAUUUCAACUUAUCGACCAUGAUAUAUUUCCAAUUUGUGUUUGCAGCGAUCACGGUGAUUAUACUUGGGGGAUCGCUGUUGGGUCGGAUUAAUAUUUUGGCUUGGAUGGUUUUUGUGCCGCUUUGGAUUACGUUUAGUUAUACUGUCGGUGCUUUUAGUAUCUGGGGAGGAGGAUUUUUGUAUAAAAUGGGGGUGCUGGACUAUUCGGGCGGAUAUGUUAUUCAUUUGAGUUCUGGCACUGCCGGAUUCACGGCUGCAUACUGGCUCGGUCCGCGUCUACAAAGAGACCGAGACUCAUUCUACCCCAACAACAUUCUCCUCAUGCUGGUCGGCGCCGGUAUUCUCUGGGUGUGCUGGAACGGCUUCAACGGAGGAGAUCCUUACGCUGCUAGUCCUGACGCCGGUGUCGCCGUACUCAACACAAACAUCUGCACUGCCAUGAGUCUUUUGGUAUGGACCAUGCUCGACUACAUCUUUUUCAAGAAACCGUCCGUCAUUGGCGCUGUGCAGGGCGAGAUUACGGGAUUGGUGGCCAUCACGCCCGCUGCUGGGUUUGUGACUGGCUGGGGUGCUAUUGUUAUCGGGGCUUGUUCUGGGUCUAUUCCUUGGAUUUCGAUGAAUAUUCUCGGACGACAGAAAUGGAUGAAGCAGGUGGAUGACGUUAUGGGCACUGUACACACUCACAUGGUCGCCGGGUUUACUGGUGGCUUUCUAACGGGCAUAUUCGCAACAAUCGACGGGUGCGCGGCAUUUGGCCUGACGAACCCCGGCGGCGCCAUAGAAGGGAACGGAAGACAAGUAUGGUUACAAAUCGUAGGCGCACUAUUCAUCAUCGGGCUCAAUCUGUUCAUGACCAGCGUGAUUUGUCUGUUUAUCAAAUACGUCCUGCGGAUUCCUCUGCGUAUGUCAGACGAACAUCUCAUGGUUGGUGACGAUGCUGUUCACGGCGAAGAGGCGUAUGCUCUGUUCUUUGAAGGGGAGCGGAGUCAUCUUAGUCUGCAUGGGGCUGGGCUGGAGAGUGGCCAGGUUACAGAGGGAGGCAGGGUGGCCGUUACCAGCCCUACGAGUGGGACGGUUAGCCCUCAGCAUUCGGCUAGGGAUAAGGAGGAGGUUAAGAUUGAUUAA